AUGGAGUCGUUCCACCAGUGGACUCUCCGCCUCUUCUGGAUGAUUGUUCUACGCGGCAUAGCCGCUUCGCACGUAGCUGUCAGUAGGUCAUUGAGCCUCUCGGCGUGCUUUGCAGCGGAGGCGUCGGCCAGCAACGGGCGUGGAGGUCCAGUCAGGUUCCAGAGGACGUUGGCCGCGUCAGGGUUUAACUUUUUGAUGGACCACCCCGGUAGCCGUGUGGACGCUGAUUCGGGCGGAGCUGCAUCAGCCACAGGCAACGUAAAUACGUAG